AUGGGGAAGGGACCUACACUCUUCAACUUUGAUGCGUUUGCACGUACUAUCGAUGAAAGGAAGAUCAAGACAAGUACCGGUGGUAUAAUAACCAUUAUCUGUGCAAUCACAACGUUCAUUCUUUUAUUCAAUGAGUAUCAAGAUUACAAUAGAAUUGUUUUAAGACCCGAAUUAGUGGUCGAUAGAGAUAGGAACAAACAUCUGGAUAUCAACCUCGAUAUAACAUUUCCUGAGAUGCCAUGCGAUCUUGUUAGUUUGGAUGUUAUGGAUGGUACAGGAGAUAUUGAAUUUGAUCUGUUGAAAAAUGGGUUUACUAAAAUCAGGUUGGAUGAAACGGGAAAUGAGAUUGAAGUUCUUCAAUUCGAUGCCAACGAGAAUAUUGAAGAUACUCACAUUGGUGCCAACGAGGACGGUUACUGCGGUCCAUGCUAUGGAUCUUUAAACCAGAACGAUAAUGAAAACAGGCCAGACCAUGAAAAGGUCUGUUGUAAUUCCUGCAAUUCUGUUCGUGAUGCGUAUGCAAGAGCAGGAUGGAAAUUUUAUGAUGGUAAAGAUAUCAGACAGUGUGAGCAAGAGGGUUACGUUGAGAGAGUCAAUUCUAGGUUGAAUGAGGGCUGCCGAAUCAAGGGCAGUGCUGAAAUCAAUAGAAUCGGAGGCAACAUCCAUUUUGCCCCAGGUGCUUCCCUAACUAUUGGAGGUAGACACAUUCAUGACAUGUCUCUAUUUGAUAGGCAUCCGGACAAGUUUUCAUUUAAGCAUAGAAUCAACCAUUUUUCAUUUGGUGAAGACAUCCAUGAAUUGGAGAAUAUUUUCAAGAAUGACAAGCACGACCACCGAACUUCUCAUCCAUUGGAUGGAAAUUCAGUUUCAGCAAAUAACAAGUAUGAGCUCUAUACAUACUACUUGAAAGUGGUUAAUACACGAUUUGAGUACUUGAAUGGGUUAAAGAUAGAUACUAAUGAAUUUUCAGCAACUCAACAUCACAGACCGGCCCAAGGUGGUCGUGAUGAGGUCAACCCAAACACUGUCCAUGCAAGGGGAGGAAUUCCAGGCCUUUUUUUCUAUUUUGACAUCAGCCCAUUGAAAAUAAUCAACAGGGAGGAUUAUAAUAAAUCCUUCAGUGCCUUUAUCCUAUCCCUAUGCUCUGCUAUUGCCGGAAUUCUCACUGUUGGAUCGAUCCUAGACAAGACCAUUUGGUCUGCCCGUAGCUUCAUUAAGGAGAAGAAAAGCACAUGA